CGCAGGAUUGGACGCUGUCCCGCCACCUGACUGAGGAGGUUUGUGGCGCAGACUCAGAGCGAGCGGAGGCAAUCAUUAGGCUUGUGUUCUACUUUGAGCCUCUUCCGGAACAGUUGCUGCUGUCAGCUGAUGGAUGUGGAUCCAUGAGGAGGAGAGCGUACCCCGUGAGACAUAACGUGUGACAGACCACUUUAAUCCACAUGGACUUGGAGUGAGCAGCGAGCCCGGGCAUCUCUUCAAGGCGGCAGGAAGUGGGAGUGUCCAGGAUGAGGAGGGCCGUGCUGCGGGAGGCCGCCAAGCGCUUCCCCUGGCUGGCCAAUGUCACCCUUUACGGCUGCCUGUUUGCCGGCGGGGACCUGGCGCACCAGCUGAUGGCGCACAAGGAGCGCCUGGACUGGCAGCACACGCGCAACGUAGCCGUGGUGGCCAUCACCUUCCACGGGAACUUCAAUUACUUCUGGAUGAGGGCCCUGGAGCGACGCUUCCCCGGGAAGUCUGCCGGGAUGCUGUUCCGGAAACUGCUCCUGGACCAAAGCUUUGCGUCGCCUCUGGCCACCAGCGUCUUCUACACCGGGGUCAGCUUCCUGGAGGGCAAAGAGGACAUCUUUGAGGACUGGCGGGAGAAGUUCUUCAACACGUGGAAGACUGGACUCAUGUACUGGCCUUUCAUGCAGGUAUCCCCGUAUCUAUCUGUCCAUGUGUGUGGUGUCAGGUCCUUGUGCAGGCCCGCCUACUCACUAGGGCUUCUAGGACACGUGACGGUCAUUAAUGAUGCUAACAAGUGUGUGUCCACAGUUCCUAAACUUUGCGCUGAUGCCACUGCACAUGCGCACGGCCUUCAUGGGCUGCUGCGCCUUCCUGUGGGCCACCUUCCUGUGCUUCUCACGCCAGGAUGGUGACGGCACGGCCACCGUGGCCCUGGCCUUCAUCAUGGACCCCCGGAAGACUCUGGAGGACAUGCGUGAGGCUCGCCUGGCCCGGAAAAGGAAACGAACGCAGAGGGAGAACUAGUGUCGUCAAUGUGUAUGUGGGUGCAAUGCCCUCUGCUGCCGCGAGAGGCGCUCUAUGAGUGUGGCGGUAGCAAGGAGCACCUGUUUGUUGGUGCAAGGCCAUGGCCGUAUAUACGAGUGGGUAUUUUUAAAAAGCUGUCAAAUCCUAUAACCUUGAACCGACCGUAAAGCUCAUGAAUAACAGCAAUAAUACACAUUAUGCAAAAAACAAAAAACAAUAAUAACUAUUGUUGUUGUUUACAUGCAAACUACACUUCAUUCCCAAACAGUCAGUCGUCCAGGGACCUCCAAAUUGAGUUUACGUGCUGCCAAAAGGUGAAAAGUGUUUUUUAAAAAUACGUCCACCGGACACCAGUUUUUUUUUAGCGACAAAACGAAGCUGCUACACGAAUGACGUUGCCAAAUGCAUGACAAAGACUUUUACUGGAGGUAAACAUAGCUAGCUCCGUGACAUGAGAAAAGCCCCUGGCUAACUUCUCAGAUGUAAACAUAGCGGGUUUAGCAUCCCCAGCCUGAGCCUACCACACAGGGACAAUUGUAGCGUACAUCACCUGGUGCCUUAUCCUAGUGACCUUUGACACGUCUGGCUGACUGUUUCCUGUCUUUUCUACCUCUGCAUUCUGUAUCGCUCACAUGAUUAGUUCAAAGACAGUGGCGUCUAGACGACAGGUAUGUCGCUAGUGUUUUGGAAACAAAAAUGGACGAUACUUUGGCGCAGUGAGACUAAAGCCGGGGCGUCCAUAACAACAACAACUGUGAUCAUUACUCGGCUUUUUGGCAAAUACUGCCUCUUGCUGAAUGUUUCCUUGUUAGCAUGAUAGCAUCAUGACCUGACCGUUAACCUUUAAAUAUCUCCAAUACAUCCAUAAGCACUAAUAUCAUUCUAUUACAAGUGUUGUGUCUCCUAGUUGGAAGCAAACAUCUACUUCCUGUCCGAGUAUACUUGAAUUGACAUCACAGCCAAGAUACCUUAUGUACUCCAGCCGUCUCAUUAGUGACCUUUAGGCACGUUCAAGCAGCUAAGUACUGUACUGAAGUCUUUUACUUAAUAAUGCAGUAUUUACACAUGUGUAUUUUCUGUUUGUCCAAAAUAAAACAGAAAAUCAUCACUUUGUGUAUUGUGAAUUGACAUUUUCAGACAUGUUGUGUCAAUAAAUACAUCCAAUUAUGAAGACAAACGCAUAUAGUAUGUCCGACAUGUGAGUUUAGAUAAAAGCUAGCUCAGCUACGUUGUAAUAAGUCACGGAAUGAAAAGGUUGGACCCGAGGCGAGGACACUGAAACAGCUCAAUGCCGCAGCCAUGGUGCGUGUGGAUUAACCGGGAUCGGAUAGGCCGCUUUAAUCCCUCUCCAAAGGACACAGUUGACCCAGGUUGACCUCUGACCCCGCUAACAGGGUAUAAAAUUCCCCAGUCAAGGACGGAAGGAAGCCGUCAGGUGCUUCCCACUCAAUAAAUGCCUUUGAGAGGCCACACUGGCACCAAA